CAACCUCAUUACCAAGAAGAAUUUCUCCCACAACCAGAAGGGCCAUCGGCGCUUGAGUUACCCAUGGCGGCCUUCACGGGCCAUUCUGCAUAGCCAUGCUACACUCCACAGCCAGAUCCACACUACGAAUUGAGGCUUCUCAUGGAGAGAUCAUGCUCCAGGAUGGAUCAUUGUGUCCAGGCCUUUCGUGAAAUAGAAGAGAUCCUCCUGAGCCUUAAGAAGAGUGUCGAUGAUCUUGAGCGAUCUUUGGCACAACCUGCUCCAGAUCACCCUUCUGCUACCAUACAAGAAGAGGAGGAGGACGAAGAAGGCUACAAGGACAUUGUGGAGCACACUGAAGUUGUCACGAAGAGCUCCCGUGAUGAUCAUGAUCAGGAAUGUCCUGUCGUAGCCGACCACACUUUCCCACACCCCAAACUAAGCUUUGAAGAGGCGGGCAUGAGUGAGGAGAUGCAAGAAGAUCUCAUGAAAGAAAUUGCUUGGCAACUUGCUCUCCAAUCCGUGCUAGAAGAAGACGAGCAAGAAAGGGUGCAGAAAGAAGUUGUGGAGGAUGACGAAAGUGAAGCUGGAGGAGUUCUUGAUCAUUUCCCAGGGGUGAUACCACAUGAAGAAGGAAGGGAGGUUGAAGAAGCAAUUGGCGUCCAGGCUGAGGACGAAGUUGAGGUGGAAGAGGCUUGCACCAGCCAUGAGUUACAUUUGAUAUCUCCACCAAACUUCGAGGAACUACUUAGCAAGGAUCCAUUUGCAGUGUCUCUUUGCCAUACCAAGGUCACGUCGACAUCGGUCCCUCUUGGUGGACGCGAUGGUGGUCAAUCGAUGUUGUCAUAUCUGGUUUGGGGCAAUGAGACGAGAGAAGAGAAGAAGAGGUCUCGAGGGUGGAGACUUCAUCUGCAUCAAGUACAUGAGCCUUCAUCACCUGCCACACCACAUGCUCGUGACUUGAGACUCCACCUCAUCGACGAGAACCUCAACUUCAAGGAGGUUCUAGCAUGGACCGAAACUUAGGAGCCAUCGUCCAGCUCACGACGUGAAAGAAGCGCUUGUUGGGAGGCAACCCAACCAGUCGGUUUGCAUUUCUUUCUCUAUUUCUCCUCGGUUGAGUCAGUUUUGUUAUUUGAUUUUAGAGUCAAUAACUCAACCUUUGUGAGAUUUUGUGUGGUGUUUGUGUUCUGAUUACUCUCUCUUUCUGGAAUGCACCGCCUGACCCGUUCAUCAUCAUUCACCCUUGAUCUGGUAACUUCGUUCUACCCUCCUAAUCUUUCCUCCAUUGAGGACAAUGUCGUGCUUAAGUGUGGGGGGAUGUUCGAUUAUGUAUGCGGGUGAAUGUUUGGUUGUUUGUGUGCUUGGAGCCUAGUCCACUGUCCAAAUUUUUAAAUUUGAGGGCUCCAAGUACGUGUUCCUUGCAAUUGCCUGCUUAGUAUGCAAGGAAUUGACAGUCUUUAUAGUAAUAUGCAACCUAGGGAGGUAGUGUAGCACUAUGGAGGAUGUUGAUGCAUGUAAGAAGUCUCAUUUCUUCUUCAUAUUGUGUUGGUUGAUUGAGUGAAUUAGUGAUCUUAGCACCCUUGAAUUGUGUGGUGUUGUGGACUCUCUACCUGUCAUGGACUCUUGUUUCAUGUUUUGAGUUUAACAGGUGCUCGAAAAUGUCCUUCAAAAUAACGUCUCCCGUGCGAAUAGGGCGAAAGUGUGUAAGGGGAGACGGGAAUUCGUUCCCAAUUUCCACCUACUACCUCCAGCCCCCUUACAUGUCUUUCCCCCACACGAGGCUCGAGACAUCCGCUCCUGGCAUGGCCGGUAAGAGCAGGUUGGGACCCUUGAAAAAAAAGAGUAAAGAAAAAAUAACAGAAAACAAGCAAAACAGAAAGAAAAGGGGUUCCAACCAUCUUCAAAGAAAAUAGAGCACCUUGA